AGGUCUCGACCUCAUCUUACUAGAUUUUCUUCAAUGGAAUACUUCAAACAAGUUGAAACUCUCUCUUCCAAACAGAAGAAAAAGUUUGAAUUCAACAGCAGUCGUGUGUCACCUAUUCCCAGUAGUACCUUGCAAUUGGGAGCUCUGAAUAGCUCCAAAUCUUCUAAUCAAAUUUUUGCCUCGUCCAAGAAGUUCUUCUCUGCUUCAGUUCCCGGUUCAAGGAUUGUUUCUCGAGCGACAUCACCAACAUCUAGACGGCCUAGUCCACCCCGUUCUACUACACCAACUCCAACACUGGGUGGACUUACAUCUCCUAGGAUUGUUGUGGAUGAUGCUAAAAGGACAAACAAAAGUCUUAGUCAAGAGGUUACUAAAUUAAGAGCACAGGUGGAAACUCUUCCACGAAAGGCUCAACUUCAAGAAGUAGAACUGGAAAGAACUAGU